CUACGCCGAUGAUUAAGUCAAUUAAGCACCGAAUUGGGCCAAUAUAUUUUGUGAUGGCAUUUUCGUAAUUAUUUGAGCAAUUUUUUUCGAAAGGCCACUUUCCUUGGAUUUUGAAGGAUAAAGAUGGUGGUUCGGCCUGAGGCUAUUCUUCAACGACGAUUAAGUCCAUCCAGGGCCAAUUUGGGCGGAUUUCUUCCGGGUCCAUUAUUGGCAGACUCCAAAGUGGUACCAUCACAGAUUUUGGGCGAUUUUUCCAAAAUGCCAUUUUCUUUUGAUUUUGGAGGCUACAGAUCACGGAAUCGGCUCGAUGCUAUUCUCCACCGAUAAUAAAGUCUAUUGAUCCUAUUCUGCGCUGAUAAUUAAGUCAAUUAAGCACCGAAUUGGGCCAAUAUAUUUUGGGAUGGCAUUUUCAUAAUUAUUUGAGCAAUUUUUUUCGAAAGGCCAUUUUUCCUUGAUUUUGAAGGAUAAAGAUGGUGGGAUUCGGCCUGAGACUAUUAUUCAACGACGAUUAAGUCUAUCCAGGGCCAAUUUGGGCAGAUUUCUUCGGGGUCCAUUUUUGGCAGACUCCAAAGGGGUACCAUCACAGAUUUCGGGCGAUUUUUCCGAAUUGCCAUUUUCUUUUCAUUUUGGAGUCUACAUAUCACGGAUUCGGCUGGAUGCUAUUCUCCACCGAUAAUAAAGUCUAUUGAUCAUAUUUUGCGCCGAUGAUUAAGUCAAUUAAGCACCGAAUUGGGCCAAUAUAUUUUGGGAUGGCAUUUUCGUAAUUAUUUGAGUAAUUUUUUUAAAAGGCCAUUUUGAUUGGAAUUUAAAGUAUAAGGAUGGUGGAUUUGGUCUGAGGCUAUUCUUCAACGACGAAUAAGUUCAUCCAGGGCUAAUUUGGGCGGAUUUCUUCCGGGUCCAUCUUUGGCAGACUCCAAAGGGGUACCAUCACAGAUUUCGGGCGAUUUUUCCGAAAUGUCGUUUCUUUCGAUUUUGGAGUCUACAGAUCACGAAUUUAGAUCGAGGCUAUUCUCCACCGAUAAUAAAGUCUAUUGAUCCUUUUUUGGGCCGAUAAUUAAGUCAAUUAAGCACCGAAUUAGGCUAAUAUAUUUUGGGAUGGCAUUUUCGUAAUUAUUUGAGCAAUUUUAUUCGAAAGGCCAUUUUGUUUGGAAUUUGAAGUAUAAGGAUGGUGGAUUCGGCCUGAGGCUAUUCUUCAACGACGAUUUAGUCCAUCCAGGGCCAAUUUGUGCGGAUUUCUUCCUGGUCCAUUUUUCGCAAACUCCAAAGGGGUACCAUCAUCGAUUUCGGGCGAUUUUUCCGAAAUGCAAUUUUCUUUCGAUUUCUGCCCAAAUUGGCUCUUAAUGGACGUAAUCUUCAUUGAAGAAUAGCCUCAGGCUGAAUCCGUGAUCUGUAGCGCCUUCAAAAUCCAAAGAAAAUGGCCUUUCGUCGACCAAAUUUUUUUGAAAAUGCCAUCCGAAAAUAAAUUGCCCCAAAUCGGAACUUAAUGGACUUAUCAAUGUAAAGAAUAAGAUCAAUAGACUUUAAUAUCGGUGGAGAAUAUCCUUGGCCUGAUUCCGUGAUCUGUACCCUCCAGAAUCGAAAGAAAAUGGCAUUUCGAGAAAAUCGCCCAAAAUUUAAGAUGGUACGUACCCCUUUGGAAUCUGCAAAAAAUCGACCCGGAAUAAAUCUGCCCAAAUCUGUUCUUAAUGGACGUAGUCGUUGUUGAAGAAUAGUCUCAGGACGAAUCCGUUAUCUGUAGCCUUCAAAAUCCAAAGAAAAUGGUCUUUCAUCGCCCAAAAAAUUACGAAAAUAUCAUCCGAAAAUAAAUUGCUUCAAAUCGAAGCCUAAUGGACUUAUCAUAUGUGGAGAAUAGGAUCAAUAGACUUCAAUAUCGGUUUCAAAUAGCGUCGGCCUGAAUCUGUGAUCUGUACCCUCCAGAAUCAAAAGAAAAUGGCAUUUCGAGAAAAUCUCCCAAAUCUGUGAUGGUAACCCUUUGCAAUCUGCCCAAAAUCAACCGGGAAUAAAUCCGCCCAAAUUGAUUCUUAAUGGACGUAAUCGUCAUUGAAGAAUAGCCUUAGGUCGACUUCGUGAUCUAUAUCCUUCAAAAUCCAAAAAAUUUGCUUUUCAUAGCCCAAAAAAUUACGAAAAUGCCAACUAAACAUAAAUUGGCCUAAAUCGGAACAUAAUGGACUUAUCAUCCGUGGAGAAUAGGAUCAAUGGACUUCAUUAUCGGUGGAGAAUAGCCUCAGCCAGAAUCGGUUAUAUGUAGCCUCCAGAAUUGAAAGAAAAUGGCAUUUCGAGAAAAUCACCCGAAAUUUAUACUGGUAUCCCUUUGGAAUCUGCCAAAAAUCGACCCGGAAUAAAUCCGCUCAAAUCUGUUCUUAAUGGACAUAAUCGUCGUUGAAGAAUAGUCUCAGGUCGAAUCCGUGAUCUGUAGCCUUCAAAAUUCAAAGAAAAUGGUCUUUCAUCGCCCAAAAAAUUACGAAAAUGCCAUCCGAAAAUAAAUUGCUUCAAAUCGAAGCUUAAUGAACUUAUCAUAUGUGGAGAAUAGGAUCAACAGACUUUAAUAUCGGUAGAAAAUAGCCUCAGCCUGAAUCUUUGAUAUGUACCCUCCGGAAUCAAAACAAAAUGACAUUUCGGGAAAGUCUCCCAAAAUCUGUGAUGGUACCCCUUUGGAAAAAGCCAGAAAUCUAACCGCAAUAAAUCCUCCAAAAUUGAUUCUUAAUGAACGUAAUCGUCGUUGAAGAAUAGCCUCAGGCCGAAGCCGUUAUCUGUAGCCUUCAUAAUCCAAAGAAAAUGGCCUUUCGUCGCCCAAAAAAUUACGAAAAUGCCAUCCAAAAUAAAUUGACCAAAAUCGGAGCUGAAUGGACUUAUCAUAUAUGGAGAAUAGGAUCAAUAGACUUUAAUAUCGAUGGAGAAUAGCCUCGGCCUGAAUCUGUGAUCUGUACCCUCCAGAAACGAAAGAAAAUGGCAUUUCGUGAAAAUCGCCCAAAAUCUGUGAUGGUACCAUUUGGAAUCUACCCAAAAUCGACACAGAUUAAAUCCGCCCAAAGUUGUCCUUAAUGGACGUAGUCGUUGUUGAAGAAUAGUCUGAGGAUGAAUCUUUGAUCUGUAGCCUUCAAAAUACAAAGAAAAUGGCCUUUCAUCGCCCAAAAAAUUACAAAAAUGCCAUCCGAAAAUAAAUUGCCCCAAAUCGAAGCUUAACUGGCUUAUCAUAUGUGGAGAAUAGGAUCAAUAGACUUUAAUAUUGGUGGAUAAUAGCCUCGGCCUGAAUCCCUUAUCUAUAGCCUCCAAAAUCGAAAGAAAAUGGCAUUUCGGGAAAUCGCCCAAAAUCUGUGAACUACCCCUUUGGACUCUGCCAAAAAUCGACCUGGAAUAAAUCCGCCCAAAUUGGUUCUUAAUGAACGUAAUCGUCGUUGAAGAAUAGUCUCAGGCCGAAUCCGUGAUCUGUAGCCUUCAAAAUACAAAGAAAAUGGCCUUUCAUCGCCCUAAAUAUUACGAAAAUGCCAUCAGAAAAUAAAUUGCCCCAAAUCAAAGCUUAAUGGAGUUAUCAUAUGUGGAGAAUAGAAUCAAUAGACUUUAAUAUUGGUGGAGAAUAGCCUUCGCCUGAAUCCGUGAUCUGUACCCUUCAAAAUCGAAAGAAAAUGACAUUUCGGGAAAAUUGCCCAAAAUCUGUGAUUGCACCCCUUUGGAAUCUGCUGAUGACUCGGUAUUUGCACAUGUUUUCCCCUUUGUUUCUUGAUUGUUUGAGCUUGAAUUAUUGCGUCCUUGGACUAUUUUACGCUAAGUUGUGUUCCUUUGUCACAUUUCAGGUCCUAGCACAUAAAGUGAAGCAUAGGCGCAAGUUUCAAAUCAAUCAGAGAUCAAUUGACGAUUCGGGAGAAGAAACUCGGGCAUGACCUGAAGAAGAAUGGAUUUCUACCUCAAUUUAUGGACAAAGAAUCAUGCAAGCUUGUCAUGAAAAGAAAGAGGACGAGACUACGAGCGUCUGGGAUCAAACGGGGACUGAUUCGGAGUCCGGACGAGGGAGAAACGAAGCAUUAAGCAGAGGCUGAGCAAGCCACACGGGCAGAGCAGAAAAUCCACUCGGCCGUGCAAGGUGAUCUGCACGGCCGUGCAAGGUGAGCUGCACGGGCGUGCGACCCUGGCCGUGUAAGAAGCCGGAAUUCAACUAAUUGAUACGCUGCGUUUUGACCAACACGGACAACUGGGUGAGCUGCACGGCCGUGCGGCCUGCCCGUGUGAGUCGGGAUUUUUUGGUUUUAAGCCAAAUUUCGAGCCAAAGGAGGGGAGAGCUGGGUUUUUGGUUCCCAAACACCCAAGGGACGAACCCUAGAGAGAGAGAGCGACUUUAGAACAUUCUUGGAGCUACUUUGGAGGAUUUCUUUGCCAUUGGAGCUCGGGAAUCAAGCUUGAAGAUGGAGAUUGAAGAUCUAGAUCAGAUUUCUGCAGUCUCUCCCUUCUCUAUGGAGUAACUUCCCUUCAUUUAGGUUUUGAGGAACCCUAGUUCCAUGAGUUAGGAUCUUUCUUGUAUGAAGUUUUGGAUGCUAUAUUGUUUGAUUAUAAUCGAAUGAUGCAUGUUUAUUGAGUCAAUUGAAGUCUGAUCAACUUUUCAUGAUUCCUGCUGCAACCUGAGAUAGAUAGAAUCUGAUUAGGUUGCUAGAGUCUCAUCAUUCGGUAGUAGGAGAUUGGCUAUACGAGAGUUAGCCAGUUUACUGCUUUGUACUGGAAUCCAAUUCCAGUAGUGGAGUUCUGUGCUUAUUGCUUCAGCUUUCUAUCCCGGUGAAGACUAGUCGUCUGCCGGAUAGUUAGACUGAGAGGGCUUGGUCAGCUUAAGAGAUUCCAAGCUACUGGAUCUUCCGCACUUUAAUCAACAGUAAAACAACCAAAAGGAAUUACAACUUGGACCUAAUUGAGGAGCUAGGGGGAAUCAUACCUAAGUGAGUUCCCAAACUGUAAUUAGUAGUUUUACUUAGUUUAGUUAGUAGAGUAGUUUAGUUAAUCAAUCCUUAAUCUAGUUUGCUAGAUAAUGAACUGAAGCUGAGUAAUAGUAACUCUAGAGACCCGUGGAUUCGAUAUUUAUUACUUGUACCACUAUACUGCAGUCCCUUUCAUUGGUUACACUUGGCCAUUGUUAGGUGUUGUGUUUUAGCGAGUCAAGUUUUUGGCGCCGUUGCCGGGGACUUUCUAGAUUAUUAGGAAAGGCAGAAGUUUGUUACUUUAGCGUUUUUCUUUUGUUUUCCACCCUUGCUUUUCACUUGGGUGUUUUUUGUUUUUUGUUUUUGUUGGUGCAGAUCUGAAUCAUGGAUCCUCAUGGCUUCUCCAACAAUUGGGGGUAUCCACCACCACCCGAGUGGUAUUACCCCGAGACUCCCUACAGCAAUCAAGGAGGAGAAGAUUAUGGAUUCGGGUUCCAGUACCAACCCCCUUUCUACGGAGAACAACCAGACCCCUGGGCAUAUCAAGAACAACCUCAUUACCAAGAAGAAUUUUUCCCACAACCAGGAGGGCCAUCGGAGCUGGAGUUACCCAUGGCGGCCUUCACGGGCCAUUCUGUAGAGCCGUGCUACACUCUACAGCCAGAUCCAAACUAUGAAUUGAGGCUUCUCGUGGAGCAGUUCGCUCGAGACACUGAGAGAUCAUGCUCCAAGAUGGAUCUUCAAAUCAAAGCCCUUGCUGCUUCCGAUCCCUCAUUUCUCCAUGAUAUGGAGGAGACUGUUCAGCGCUCAGCGAAGCAAACAGAGUGGGUGGAGCAAGUUUUCUCACAUCUUGCUCAAGAUCACCUUUCUGCUACCACGCUAGAAGAGGUGGAGGAUGACAAAGGCUACGGGAGCAUUGAGGAACAUACAGAAGUUAUCACAGAGAACUCCCAUGAUAAUCAUGAUCAGGAAAGUCCUUUGGUUGCAGAUCACACCUUUCCUCAUUUAUGCUCUAACAUGCUGGGCCCAUGUGAGGAGAUGCAAGAUGAUCCCAUUGAAGAAAUUGCUUGGCGACUUGCUCUCCAAUCUGUUCUAGAAGAAGAAGAGCGAGCAAGGAUGAGGAAGGAAGUUGUGGAGGAUGAGGAAGAAAGAAAAGAAGAGGUGGUUCUUGAUCUUUUCCCAGGGGAGAGACCACAUUUUGAAGAAGGAAGGGGGGUUGAGGAAGCAAUUGGCGUCCAGGCUGAGGAUGAAGUUGAGGUGGAAGAGGCAUGCACCGGCCAUGAGUUACAUGUGAUAUCUCCACCAAACUUCGAGGAGCUGCUUGGCAAGGACCCAUUUGCAGUGUCUCUUUGCCAGACCAAGGCCACAUCAACAUCGGUCCCUUUUGGUGGACGUGAUGGUGGCCAAUCGAUGCUGUCUUAUCUGGUUUGGGGCAAUGAGACGAGAGAAGAGAAGAAGAGGUCUCGAGGGUGGAGACUUCAUCUGCAUCAAGUGCACGAGCUUCCAUCACUAGUCAUACCACAUGCUCGUGACUUGCGACUCCACCUCAUUGACGAGAACCUCAACUUCAAGGAGGUUCUAGCAUGGACCAAAACUUAGGAGCCAUCGUCCGGCUCACGACGUGAAAGAAGUGCUUGUUGGGAGGCAACCCAACCAGUCGGUUUGCAUUUCUUUCUCUAUUUCUCCUCGGUUGAGUCAGUUUUGUUAUUUGAUUUUAGAGUCAAUAACUCAACCUUUGUGAGAUUUUGUGUGGUGUUUGCGUUCUGAUUACUCUCUCUUCCUGGAAUGCACCGCCUGACCCGUCCAUCAUCAUUCACCCUUGAUCUGGUAACUUCGUUCUACCCUUCUUAUCUUUCCUCCAUUGAGGACAAUGUCGUGCUUAAGUGUGGGGGGAUGUUCAAUUAUGUAUGCGGGUGAAUGUUUGGCUGUUUGUGUGCUUGGAGCCUAGUCCACUGUCCAAAUUUUUAAAUUUAAGGGCUCCAAGUACAUGUUUCCUUGCAAAUUGCCUGCUCAGUAUGCUUUGAAUUGACACUCUCUAUAGUAAUGUGCAACCUAGGGAGGUAGUGUAGCACUAUGGAGGAUGUUGAAGUAUAAGAUUUUUCCUAUCUAGCUCUCUGCUGUGUCAGUUGAUUUUGUGAAUUAGUGGAGCUAAGACCAUUGAAUUCAUGUGGUAAUGGUGACUCUGUUUGGAUUGUGUUAUGGACUCGUGUAUCGAACAGGGUGCUCAUGUGGAAAAUGGGAAGCGGUUGGUCCUCCAUGUCAAAAUCAUUAAAUCUUAAACAUGGGGUAAGCCCAACGUGUGUGGCACCGUUUAUUGCACGAAAUCGGGUUUUGGAGGAGAUUUUAGUGAUCCUUAGUGGGGUACUCCUACAAGGUGAAGCUAAGCUGUCUCUAGUACAAAUAAAACUUCCACCCGUUGAACGGUUUGCCUACUUGAGGAUGUGUUUUUAAGGGCACGGAUAGAGCUUCCGACCCCCCUUAAUUUCAUUGACCCUCCACAUGAGUUGAGGAAAAGGAGUUAAAAGAAGUACUCUGCCGAGCGCCAGAUGUACAGAAAUUGCUCUUGCUCGACUAAUAAGGGUCGACCGUGCAAAAGACUGCAGUUGGAACCCCCGCCAAGUGAAUGAAAAAGAAAAAAAAAGUAAAAUGAAAGUGAAAAAGGGGUUCCAACGGUGAAAUGAAGUGAAAGAUCACCCCGGUACAACGAGUCCUUGGUUGUGAAUGGUGUGAGUCCCUUUAUCCAUGAACUGACUGUCUUACUUCUACUUUUUCUCAUGAUCCUGGCUUGAGUCUAGUACUCGCAUUGAGAGAGAUAGGGAACGUCUUAGAAGACCAGUUGACCUCGUAAGCUGCUAUAAGAUCUAGGAAAUCCUCUACCGACGAUCGGGGUUUUAUGUUGCUAUAGAGCUUUGGAGAGCUGCAUUGGUUUGAGUUAGGUUUGCUUGGGGACAAGCAAACAGUUAAGUGUGGGGGGAUUUGAUGACUCGGUAUUUGCACAUGUUUUCCCCUUUGUUUCUUGAUUGUUUGAGCUUGAAUUAUUGUGUCCUUGGACUAUUUUACGCUAGGUUGUGUUCCUUUGUCACAUUUCAGGUCCUAGCACAUAAAGUGAAGCAUAUGCGCAAGUUUCAAAUCAAUCAGAGAUCAAUUGACGAUUCGGGAGAAGAAACUCGGGCAUGACCUGAAGAAGAAUGGAUUUCUACCUCAAUUUAUGGACAAAGAAUCAUGCAAGCUUGUCAUGAAAAGAAAGAGGACGAGACUACGAGCGUCUGGGAUCAAACGGGGACUGAUUCGGAGUCCGGACGAGGGAGAAACGAAGCAUUAAACAGAGGCUGAGCAAGCCACACGGGCAGAGCAGAAAAUCCACACGGCCGUGCAAGGUGAGCUGCACGGGCGUGCGACCCUGGCCGUGUAAGAAGCCGGAAUUCAACUAAUUGAUACUCUGCGUUUUGACCAACACGGGCAACUGGGUGAGCUGCACGGCCGUGCGGCCUGCCCGUGUGAGUCGGGAUUUUCUGGUUUUAAGCCAAAUUUCGAGCCAAAGGAGGGGAGAGCUGGGUUUUUGGUUCCCAAACACCCAAGGGACGAACCCUAGAGAGAGAGAGCGACUUUAGAACAUUCUUGGAGCUACUUUGGAGGAUUUCUUUGCCAUUGGAGCUCGGGAAUCAAGCUUGAAGAUGGAGAUUGAAGAUCUAGAUCAGAUUUCUGCAGUCUCUCCCUUCUCUAUGCAGUAACUUCCCUUCAUUUAGGUUUUGAGGAACCCUAGUUCCAUGAGUUAGGAUCUUUCUUGUAUGAAGUUUUGGAUGCUAUAUUGUUUGAUUAUAAUCGAAUGAUGCAUGUUUAUUGAGUCAAUUGAAGUCUGAUCAACUUUUCAUGAUUUCUGCUGCAACCUGAGAUAGAUAGAAUCUGAUUAGGUUGCUAGAGUCUCAUCAUUCGGUAGUAGGAGAUUGGCUAUACGAGAGUUAGCCAGUUUACUGCUUUGUACUGGAAUCCAAUUCCAGUAGUGGAGUUCUGUGCUUAUUGCUUCAGCUUUCUAUCCCGGUGAAGACUAGUCGUCUGCCGGAUAGUUAGACUGAGAGGGCUUGGUCAGCUUAAGAGAUUCCAAGCUACUGUCGGAUCUUCCGCAGUUUAAUCAACAGUAAAACAACCAAAAGGAAUUACAACUUGGACCUAAUUGAGGAGCUAGGGGGAAUCAUACCUAAGUGAGUUCCCAAACUGUAAUUAGUAGUUUUACGUAGUUUAGUUAGUAGAGUAGUUUAGUUAAUCAAUCCUUAAUCUAGUUUGCUAGAUAAUGAACUGAAGCUGAGUAAUAGUAACUCUAGAGACCCAUGGAUUCGAUAUUUAUUACUUGUACCACUAUACUGCAGUCCCUUUCAUUGGUUACACUUGGCCAUUGUUAGGUGUUGUGUUUUAGCGAGUCAUCUGCCUAAAAUUGACACGGAAUAAAUCCGCCAAAAUCGGUUCUUAAUGGACGUAAUCGUCGUUGAAGAAUAGUCUCGGGUCGAAUCCGUGAUCUGUAGCCUUCAAAAUGCAAAGAAAAUGGUCAUUCAUCACCCAAAAUAUUACGAAAAUGCCAUCCGAAAUUAAAUUGCUUCAAAUCGAAGCUUAAUGGACUUAUCAUAUGUGGAGAAUAGGAUCAAUAGACUUCAAUAUCGAUGGAAAAUAGCAUCGGCCUGAAUCUGUGAUCUAUCCUCUCCAGAAUCGAAAGAAAAUGGCAUUUCGGGAAAAUCUCCCAAAAUAUGUGAUGGUACCCCUUUGGAAUCUAUCAGAAAUCGACCAGCGAUAAAUCCUCCCAAUUUGAUUCUUAAUGGACGUAAUCGUCGUUGCAGAAUAGCCUCGGGGCGAACCCGUGAUCUGUAGCCUUCAUAAUCCAAAUAAAUGGCCUUUCGUCGCCCAAAAAAUCACGAAAAUGCUAUCUGAAAAUAAAUUGGCCCAAAUCAAAGCUUAAUAGACUUAUCAUAUAUGGAGAAUAGGAUCAAUAGACAUUAAUAUCGUUGGAGAAUAGCCUCGGCCUGAAUCCGUGAUCUAUACCCUCCAGAAUCGAAAGAAAAUGACAUUUCGGGAAAUCGCCCAACAUAUGUGAUGGUACCCCUUUUGAAUCUGCCCAAAAUUGACACAGAAUAAAUCUGCCCAAAUUGGUUCUUAAUGGACGUAGUAGUCGUUGAAGAAUAGUCUCAGGAUGAAUUCGUGAUAUGUGGCCUUAAAAAUCCAAUGAAAAUGGCCUUUCAUUGCCCAAUAAAUUACGAAAAUGACAUCUGAAAGUAAAUUUCCCCAAAUCGGAGGUUAAUGGACUUAUCAUCUAUGGAGAACAGGAUCAAUAGACUUUAAUAUCGGUGGAGAAUACACUCGGCCAGAAUCCGUUAUCUAUAGCCUCCAGAAUCAAAAGAAAAAGGCAUACCGAGAAAAUCGCCCAAAAUCUGUGAUGCUACCCCUUUGGAAUCUGCCAAAAAUCGACCUCGAAUAAAUCCGCCCAUAUUGGUUCUUAAUGGACGUAAUCGUCGUUGAAGUAUAGUCUCAGGCCUAAUCCGUGAUUUGUAGCCUUCAAAAUCCAAAGAAAAUGGUCUUUCAACCCAAAAAAUUAUGAAAAUGCAAUCCGAAAAUGAAUUGCCCCAAAUCGAAGCUUAAUGGACUUAUCAUAUGUGGAGAAUUGGAUCAAUAAACUUCAAUAUCGGUGGAAAAUAGCCUCGGCCUGAAUCUGUGAUAAGGGUCCUCCAUAAUCGAAAGAAAAUGACAUUUCGGGAAAGUCUCCCAAAAUCUGCGAUGGUACCCCUUUGGAAAAAGCCAGAAAUCGACCCGCAAUAAAUCCUCCAAAAUCGAUUCUUAAUGAACGUAAUCGUCGUUG